GGCAAGGCCAAUUGUCAAUUGUCAACAUUCCUCGUGCAAAAAGUCAAGUAAAAAAUCGAGCUGAAAGUUAGCAUCCCAGAAUAUUCGAUCAAAAUGGUAAAGUCGUCGAACCCCCUGAACAUUUUGCGCAGCAUCUACAACAACGAGUUCCAAUGGAUGCUUGUCAAGAGCUACGGCCUGUUUUUCUUGGGAGUUCGUCUGGCCAAGGAAUUCGUAGGCGUGGAAUUAAUGCCGGCACUGGGACCAGCCUAGUCAUGAAACCAAAAUCGACCGCUUUAAAAACAAAAAAUUUAGUUAACUAAGUAUAAUAUGAAGAGUACAAUAUAUACAAUUGGAGGUGUGUGAGAAGUACAUUAACUUCUGCUGACCAUUAAAUCCCUAAUUUUUGA